AUGGAAAAUACAUAUUUUCGGAAUUUCCUCAAGUGUAUACGCGCAUCCGAUAAAGGCUUCAAACGCACCAUCGCCGAUGUGAUCAAGAGCGAACUCGAUAAACAGGACGAACUGCGUGCUACCGAAGCGCGUUUAACUGCAGAGCUCAAUAGCUUGUGGGCCAACCACAUAUUGAUUCGACAGGCACACACAAGGCUAUUGGAACAUAGGAUCGAUCAGGUGAUCGGGGCCCGUGACAAUGUUGCGAAGGUACUUGAGUUGGAAAAUCUUUUAAAUCAUGACACAUUUAAAAAAGUCUACAAUUUCGUGGCCAAGCAGAAUGAGGUAGACUUACGAGAUAAUGCACACCGAAAUGCCGUAUUGGAAGAGGGGCAAAUUGACCAAAGUCUGUGCAAGUUGCAACGUGAACAGCAGAAGUUCUUGAUGCUGGAUCAGGAGAAGCAUUUCAGGGAGCAAAGCACAACCACGAGUGUUAAUUUAAACAAUAUGGAUGAGCAUGUUCCGGAGUUGCGCAUGAAGUCACCCGAGCUGCUGGAUGAAAAAUCUGUAAAAUUUAUAGGCGAAGGCCUCUCUGCAAAGAACAUCUUGGUUAACGAUCUAGUUGAUGGAAAACCUAGAGUCUCAGAAUCAAACGAUUCCAAGUUUGUUGUCGUUGAUAACAAACAUACCAAAGAGCUAAAUAAAGGCAUUAGUCAGGCCCAUUUGCACUUCAAAGAAGCCUUAGAGGCCGCCUCAAAAGACAACAUGACAUCUCAAACAGACACCGCUUCCAGCAAGGAUAAAGAUCAACAGAUCACCUUCAACAACAACAUAUAUCCACAGUCAGUUGGAAUCCAGAGUGCGAAAAUACUUUCGUCAUUGUUGUUUUUUGAUCGGAACCAUUAUUUGAAAGUUGUGGAGCCUAAAGCUGAUCCAAAGUUAAAUGGAUUGGACAAUUUAAUGAACUUCAAGAGAAUGCUUUCGCCAGACCUUGAGUCUAGCAAUUUACCAGUAGGAGUUUCAUCACAAGAUAGGGCUAUAAAUAGAAUUUCUUUCAGUGAUUGUAGCGAAGUGAAGUCGCCAGCCAAUGACGUCUUCAAGCCCGUCGAUGAAAAUGUUGACGAAAACGAAAAGCCAUUCUAA